GACGCAGCAGGCACCGCAAUCCGCACGCCGCCAAACCCCAUUUUCGUCCCUAAAAACCCUACUACCCGGUGGCGGGGCUCCUCGCUCCAGGCAUCCGACCGGCGGCGGGGCUCCUCGCUCCAGGCAGCUGCGGGCGGCAGGGCUACUGGGUGCUUUGCUGGCUCCUAGUGGGGCUCCUAGACACAUCUGGUUGUCCGGCUGGGGCUGAGGCCGAGGCCCGAGGGGCGAGGGCAGUCGGCCGGCGGUGGCCACCGGGGAAGGCCGGAGGGGCCGAGUGGCGGCGGCAGGCAGCAGACAGGACAUCGGGUGGUCAGCAGGCAAGGGCAGCGGACUGCAGCCAGCACAGCAAAGGAAGUAGCCUAGCAUGGGGAAGAGGCAGAGGAAGACUCCCGGGCGCGCACAGGCACCAAAGUCCAAGCGGACCGAUGAGCUAGCGGCUAUGUCUGAUUCUGACAACGACGAAAUUGAUGCCUUCCACAAGCAGCGGGACAUGAUCCCCUUUGACACCAGUGAUGUAAGGGAGUCGGAGGACGACGAUGUGGAGCAGCCUGUGUUUGACCUUGAGGGUGUUUCUGAUAGCGAAAGUGAUGACAGCAAAGGAGAAGAGUCUGGUGACAUGGCUGAAGCUGAUUAUGAAGAAUGGGACAAAGGGUAUAUUUCAAAAUUAAAAAGGGCACAGAGGGCUGUCAAACAAAUUGCUGGAGGUGAUGAUAGCAUGGAUGAGCAGGAGGAUGAAACAAAAGAAAAUGUUUGGGGCAGAGGUAAAAAUGCAUACUAUGCUGCUGGUGAACAGUCUGGUGAUGAUGAGGUGGAUUACGAGGAGGCUCAAAGGAUCCAAAAAAAUCAGGAAAAAAAACUGUCUAUGAAAGAUUUUGGACUAGAAGAUGGUGAAAGUGAUGAAGAGAAUAAUGUCACAAAGGUAUCCAACCAUGAAACCAAAAUGAAAGAAGACUUUGCUGUCUUAUCAGGCGAUGACAAAAUGGAUGUGGUAUACAGUUCUGCCCCUGAACUCGUUAGCUUGUUGUCUGAGUUGAAGGAUGCCCAUGAAGAACUUAGGGCUAUAGGACAGCUUACCAGUGAGGUCACGUCUUGUCUAGGCAAAGAUAAAAUGCAACCUUUUGAAGUGAAGAAAGCUUGUUUGCUUGCUCAUUGUCAAGCUAUUACCUUCUAUCUCCUUAUGAAAUCUGAGGGGUUGUCCGUACAGGAUCAUCCUGUAAUUUCUCGCUUGAUAGAGACCAAGAAUAUGGUAGAGAAGAUAAAGCAAGUCACCAUGAAUUCAGCGAGGCAAAAAGGGAGCACUGAUGACCAUAUUAUGCAUAGCGGCACCAUCCAAACAGAUAAGAAUGUCGCACUGGACAAACAGGAAGGCAAAUUUAGCAAUGUACUAGCACUGGAUAAAGUGAUCCAAGGUGCUGAAGUCUCUGAAUCAAGAAAGAGUGAGCCUUCUAAAAAUGAUUUCCAUGAAGUCAACGAACAGAAGAACAAGGAUGAACAUAUGGGUUUGCAUAGCCUGGAAAUGUUGAAGGUAAGAGCAGAUCUUGAGGAAAGAUUAAAGAAAAAAGGGCUCUAUAAUUUGAAAAAGUCGAAGCCAGAGAAGUUGUCAAAAACCAGGACAACUAGUAAUAAAAGGGGCCUGCAGACAUUGGAUGACUUUGAUGAUGAAGUGCUGAAGAAUAAUCAAAUAAUGAAACCUAGCAAGCUUGUUGCAGCUGCUGCUAAAUCAAAUAAAAGCAUGUUUGUUUCUGGUGAUGAUGACCUUCCGAAGAGAGACAAUAUUGGAGAAAGACGGAGAAAACACGAGCUUCGCGUUCUAUCAAGAGUAGGAGCUAACUCAGUGGAAGAUCAUGAGUUGCCAGAUGGUGACGCUUCUGAAGAUGACGCUUCUGAAGAUGACCAUGAGUCUUCAGAAGGUGGUGAUGCUUCUGAAGAUGGCUUCUAUGAGGAUGUUAAAAGACAGAGGACUGAAAAACUAUCAAUCAAGAAUGCUCUGUACUCGAGAACUCCGGGCAUUGAACCUCCAGAGGAAGAAACUGAAGGCGACGGCAAGAGGACGAUUUCAUACCAGAUCUUGAAGAACCGGGGGUUGACUCGUUCCAGGAACAAGAAAAAGAAGAAUCCGAGAAAGAACUACAGGGAUAAACAUAAAAACAAGCUUGUCAAGCGGAAAGGCCAAGUGCGUGAUAUCAAGAAGCCGUCUGGUCCAUAUGGAGGUGAAAUGUCUGGCAUCAACCCGAAUGUCAGCCGAAGUGUUCGGUUCAAGAGUUGAUUCCAGUAGUGUAUUCAGGUUGGCCAUGUUGGACAUGAAAGGGUUGUUUCUGGUCGUAAUGUGGCAUGUUUUGCUUAUUAGAAUGGCUUAACUCCUUAAUUUGUCUAACAAUAUUAUAUAUGAGUAAAAUUUUGCCUGCGAAAAAUACAAUUUUCACCAUUGCCUGUGUGGCUGUGUGUGUGAAAGCGUGCUUAUGAGAAACCAAGUAUAAAUUAGCACGGAAGUUCGUUUACUAUUUUGGAUCAUA